CUCCCUCUUCCUCAUCGCAUGGCGAAGAUUGUUUUCAGUCGCUGCUCCCCUUCACAGUACCACCAAAAGAGUGAUAGCGGCUAUACAGGGCACAAGCGUCUGCUCUGCUGCUCGUCGACGGCGAAGGGAUUUUAUCUCUGUACCACUCAACUCCCGACGGGCGUGACCAAGCUCUGACCGUGACGUGCAUACCUUGAGAUGACUGGGAGAGGUCCGAAACUCACUGACCGUAUGCUGCAUGGCUGAACGUUAGCAGAUGGAAGCAGUGACGUCCCUCUUUGAGUAAUUCAUCUCUUGUCUCACUUCCUCGAGCACCAUCGCCAUGAAUCUGCCCUUCACCCCCACCCUCACUCUGCUUCUCUCCUUCCUCUUGACUGCAGCAGCUGCCCCGGUGGGCCCCAACGAUAUACCUGCUCUCUUCAAUGAGACGCUGAGCACGCACCUCGAAACACGCCAGGGUGAGAUUCUCAGCGACUGUGGGGAAGGCAAGUCGGCUUGCGCGGUCGCAAAGGACAUGGAAGGGGCACGGUGUCCUCGUUGCCCUCUACGUCGCGCGCCCUACGUCCAGAUUGGCGGUGGUCACACCCUGACCGUGUUCGUCCUCCUUCACGGCGAGAUCCGCAGCACUAUCACCGGGCUUUGUCGCGGUCGCUACGCGUCCUGCACCGUUGACGCUUUCGAUCGCACUUGCACGUCAACGCCGAACAUGAUAUGUCUGGCAGGCCAACCAUCGGAGGGCGUGAGUCGAGUCCGACCUCUACGAGUUGGCUACCGAGCUUCCGCUAACCUCGCAAAUGCCGCCAAACACAGCCGUUCGGACAGGUGGCUUGUUGGUGCAGGUGAUGAUCGGGCGCUCGACAGGCCGAGAGCUCGUGUGUGAGCAGACGACGACGGUGGUGCGUGCCAUUCAAAAUUGCCCUUGACCCAAAGCGAUAGAUUCAUCUUGUUGACCUUCCAGGGUGGCUGGGAUCUGCGAAUGUGACC